CACAACACUGCGAGGCUAACAACAACCAACCCUUGCUGUUUGGGGUCGGGGCCCAUAUUGACCGCUUCAGCAAAACAUACGCCAGACCAUACAAAAACACCAUCGUUCGGUCCCUCCUUGCGCUUCGCAAUACCUUCCUUUUACCCAUCUCGAUAUCUCUCCCUCCAUUUUUUUCGACCGCCAAAGAAGCAUCUGGUUUUUCCAGAAAUCGGGUUGUCGCUCCUGUCUCCCUCGAGGGCGUGCCUUUUCGUCCCCUUUCCCCCCUCCUCUUCUGGCUCAACCGCGACAGAGACAGCAUUGUUGUUGUUAUUGUUUCAGACCCGCCCAUUUCAACAUUCCUGUCGGACCUGCUCGCCAACGCCACCACCACGCAUUGCUACUUCCUAGGGACCGCUUCCCCUUGCGCGCGCAUUACUUUGCAUACAAAGGAGUAACCUCGCUUGCUUCUGUCCACAUUCGGCACCUGUCGUGUGUCCUUUCGCAAACAGGCAAUUCGCUUGCAUCUCUACCUCCAAGGCGCCAUCUCACGAGAGCAACUGCCUCCUUCGUCUCCCAUUGCCAUAGCAAAUCAGGAGGAAACAGAGACUCGCGAGAUCAAUGGCACCUUCAUCCAAGACUCCCAACAUGGGCCAGGUCAUUGAGUACAUCCCAGACCGCCUGUAUCUGGCCGCGUACAUCCAUCCUCCCACGGACGAGACCAUUUUCCCCUAUGGCGAGACUGUCCAGUCUUCUCCCAGGAAGCGAUCGCAGAGGGCCGCCGAGGGCCCUACGCCCGUCCAGACCGCCGCCCGUCAAAAGCCUCACUACUUCACCGUCGACGACACCCUGCUGUACAACGCCUUUCACCAUGACUUCGGUCCACUGCACAUCGGCCACUUGUACCGUUUCGCCCUGCAGUUCCACGACGUCCUCGGAGCCAAGGAGAACAAGGACCGCCCCAUCGUCUUCUGGAGCAGGGCCGACCCCAGAAGUCGCGCCAACGCCGCCUGCAUGCUCGCCUGCUACAUGGUCCUCAUCCAGAACUGGCCCCCUCACCUGGCCUUGGCCCCCAUCGCCCAGGUCGACCCGCCUUUGAUGCCCUUCCGCGACGCUGGAUACAGUCAAGCCGACUACGGCAUCACCGUUCAGGAUGUCGUCUACGGUGUUUGGAAAGCCAAGGAAGAGGGCUGCUGCGCCCUGGACAACUUCGACCUCGACGAGUACGAAAAGUUUGAGAGAGUGGAGCACGGAGACUUCAACUGGAUCACACCACACUUCCUGGCCUUCGCUUCACCCCAACAUGCGCCCAUUGCCAAGGUCCUGGAGGGCACGGAGGAAUUCGAUGCGCUUCCCAGGUCGCUGGGGCAAUUGGAAGCGAACAAGACGCUACCCCAACCCUUCAAGAACGUUCUGAACCACUUUACCGAGAGGAACAUUGGGCUCGUCGUCCGUCUCAACUCGCCCCUCUACUCCCCGUCCUUCUUCGAGGCCAUGGGCAUAUCUCACCUCGACAUGAUCUUCGACGACGGCACCUGCCCGCCUCUCACCACUGUGCGCAAGUUCAUCAGGCUGGCGCACGAGACCAUCACCGUCAAGAAGAAGGGCAUCGCUGUCCAUUGCAAAGCCGGUCUCGGAAGAACUGGCUGCCUCAUCGGCGCGUACCUUAUUUACCGUCACGGCUUCACUGCCAACGAGAUCAUCGCAUUCAUGCGCUUCAUGCGUCCCGGCAUGGUCGUCGGUCCCCAGCAGCACUGGCUUCACAUCAACCAGGGCGUCUUCCGCGAAUGGUGGAUUGAGGAGCGCGUCGAGCGCAAGCUCCGUAAGGAGAUGGCCGCCAACGCGGCUGCUCCGAGCACCCCCAUCCGCGCCAUGCAGAAGACGUCGCUUCGCACCGGCCAAGCCUCUACACCUCCCCACCGCAGCACCUCAAACCGCACGCCUUUGAGCGAAGUCGAUCACGACCGCAAUAACAUUGGGGUUCAAGAAGACUACCUCCCGGCGCCGACACCAGGCCAGCCGAGGAAGACCAAUAGGGCAGAUCGUCACCAUCCCUACCAAAGAUCCACGUCGUACCAAGCGACGGUCGAGGAAGAGGCGGGUAUCCAUCAGGACACCGAGGUCAUCACAAUCCACAAGCAAUCCCACAGCACCGAGUCCGACGAGGAGUUGCACAUGCGAAUGCGCUCGCAUCGCAAGCCUUCUGCAUCGCCUGGCCGCAGCGAGAAGCGAUCGGUUAGCCACUCAGCCGCCACUGUGUACCAGGCGUACAUCGACAAUGAUGCCAGCAACGACGUCGAAAAUCUCGGCACGUCACGCGUCAAGCAAGUUGACCGCGUCAGCAGCGCAUCGGGUGUUCUCACCAAGGUUCGUGGCAGCAAGCGGUCGGGAGAGUCGCCGAGGACCAAGGAUGGAGUACGCAAGACGAGUGGUCGUGUUGGCAGCGUGGGCAACUCUGCAAUGUCUGCGACGGCAGCAUCGGCAGCACGGAAGGUCUCUGGCGCUUAGGUGCCGUCCAGAGCCAUCCAGCCUGGCCCUCGAUCUUGAGUCUACACCUUGGACCACGGGGCUCGGGACCGACUGCUUACUAACCACUUAUGAUGAUGAUGAUCACGACCGGUCCAUGUUGUUCUGCAUGAAUUGGCGUUGGGUUCCGGUAAUAUUGGAGAUUGUGACAAACUGGGAUGGUGUUCACGGGUGGAAGCCGGCUUUGACCGGAAUGAUGUCCACGACAAGGCGACUACGACGACGAUGACAAUGAAAAAAUUGCAUCUCUCUCUCUUCCCCUUCUCCAGGCAUUCGAUGCAUAUAUAUCUGGCUCGACAAUUGGCUGGUUCAACCUGCUUGAUUAUUAAGGCGUUCCGGAGGGGCAUAGGGGCUCUCUACACUGUAUUGUACUUGUAUUUACCAUUGCUGGGUUUUUGCCGAGGGUUUUUGUUAAACAGACAAUUGUUUUGGUCUUUGUCGCGCGGCUCGACCACAGAUAAGAGGCCAAAAGGAGGAAAGCGAGGCAGUGGCAGUGGGCAUGUCUCGUUUCCAGGGGGGAUGUUUUAUAGACAUCGUCGUCGGAUGAGACGAACACAAGUGGAAGAGGAUAUUUGCCCGUUUGAUUUUCCACAUCAAUACACAAAAAGUACACACACGACAGCGGUCUCGGGGAGUUUGCUCGUGAUGCUGUGGUUUCUAUAGACUUGUGAUAUGUCAAC